UCGCACUCAGGCCUCAGGCUGGGUGGAGCUAAGCACCGGGGUGUUUGUAGCAGCGCUGAGGGGCCCCCCACUGCCCUGUCAUGGCGUCUGCUCUCACCGUCCUCCUCCUCGGCUGCUGGCUGGCUGGGCGGAACGGGGUGUCGGGAGAGGGGUCCUACCCCAAACCCUCCAUCUCCGUCAGCCCCGGUGGGGUGAUCCCCGUGGGGGGAAACGUCACCAUCCGGUGCCGGAAUCAGCACCUGGGCAUGAGGUUCCUCCUCUACAAGGAUGAAGAUGAGACCCAGCUGACUUACACAGACCCUGCUGGCUCUGAGGCUGAAUUUCCCAUCACCAGCGCCAGACGGGAACAGAGCGGAAACUACACCUGUCGCUAUAGCAACAGAACAGGACGAGCUGCCUACUCGGAGCCCAGCGACCCCGUGCAGAUCAUUGUAGCAGGCGGAUCGGAAUCGCCGGCACCUCCGGGUCUGACCAGCCCCAUCAUCGCCGGGGUGAGCGCGGCAGCUGCCGGCCUCCUCCUCCUCCUCCUUGUGGCCUUCGUGUGCUUCAGAAAAACCCAAGCCAGAAAAGGAGCCGCACCGAGACCGAGCAGCCCUUUGGGGGUGUCGAAGGCCCUGGAUCAGCAAGACCCUGUCUACGCCUCCAUGGACGAAGGGAAACAGCCGCCGACCCUGCCGCAGGAGCCCGACCCCGGCGCCGAAGGACUCACCUACGCCGAGUUGGACCACCAGGCGCUGCAGGCCAAGCGGGGGGGCCCAGCCCCUGCCCCCGAGCCCGCCCAGCCCAGCAUGUACGCCGCGAUCAACUACCUCACUACCAUGGAUCUUACCAAAGGCUACUGGCAGGUGCCUUUGGACCAGGAGGCCAGGGCGAAGUCUGCUUUCACCACCCCAAUAGGGCUCUUGAAGGUCCUGGUCCUGCCUUUCGGCCUCAAGGGGGAACCUGCCACCUUCCAGCGCCUGGUGGAUCAGUUGCUAAGGGGGAUGGAGGACUUUGCUCUGGCGUAUAUUGAGGGUGCCCAUGUUCCUCAUUUGGGACUCAGAGUUGGACUCCAGGGUGUUGGUGGCAGUGCUGAGGGGCCCCUCGCUGCCCCCAUCAUGGCAUCUGCUCUCACCGUUCUCUUCCUCGGCUGCUGGCUGGCCGGACACAGCGGGGUGUGGGGAGCAGGGCGAGAAUACCCCAAACCCACCAUCUGGGUGAGCCCCAGCAGGGUGGUGGCGCUCGGGGGAAACGUCACCAUCCGCUGUGCGGGUUUGUACCCGGGCAUGGAGUUCUUUCUGCGUAAAGCUGGACACCCGAACCUGCAGGUGCGGACGGUGCCUGAUGGGACCGUGGCUGAAUUUCCCAUCGCCAGUGUCGGCCGGGAAGAUGGAGGGAGCUACACCUGCGACUAUCGCUCCAUAACGGAUCAGAGUCGCCGGUCGUAUCCGAGCGACCCCGUCGAGAUCAUUGUAGCAGAGCCCAGCUACCACAAACCCAACAUCUACCUGAGCCCCAGCAGGGGGGUUUCCCUGGGGGGAGCUGGGACCAUCCAGUGUCAGGGGCAGCGCCUGGGCGUGCGGUUCGUGCUGAAUAAAGAGCGACACCAUUUCCCACCUGUGGAUUCGGACGGGUUUGAGGCUGUGUUUCCCAUCAGCAACGUGCGCCGGGAGGAUGGCGGGAGCUACAGCUGCUCCUAUCACAGCAGAUCUAAGCCGUUCGCCGUGUCGUACCCCAGCGACCCCGUGGAGCUGGUGGUGAGAGAUCGCAGCUUACCCAGACCCUCCAUCUCUCUGAGCCCCACUGGGGUCACCGCCCCAGGGGCAGACGUCACCAUCCGGUGUCAGGGGCAGCGCCGGGACGUGAGGUUCUUCCUGCACAAGGCUGGAGACCUGAACCCACAGCGACACAUGGAUCCUGCUGGGGAUGGGGCCGAGUUCCACAUCCCCACCGUGGGCCGGCAGCACGGAGGGAUCUACAGCUGCAGCUACCGGCUCCAAUCAGAGCCCUUCGUCUCAUCAUACCCCAGCAGCUCUGUGGAGCUGGUGGUAGCAGGGGGAACCGACUCAUCUCCGCCUGGAGCAGCGCCGGCUCCCACCCGCCUGGGCAGCGCAGGGCCAGCAGCCCCCACAGGGCACCCGGAUUUCACACACGCCAACAUCGCCCGCCUGGGGCUGGGUGCUGCGGUCCUGCUCGUUCUGGGGCUGAUCCUGGCUGAGGCGUAUAACAGCCGCCCAAGGGGGGCGCCCUAGGAGCCUGGAUCCGGCCGUGAGAAGAAGAGAAUUGCCCUGGGGGACGAGCCGCUUCUCCUCGGGGGGCUGAGACACCGGCACAAACCCCCCUGCCCCCAAACACCCCUGCCUCAGAGAAUCCCCCCCACAAACAGCUUCCAACCUGACAGUGUACCCCAGGAUUGAACCCCCAAUGCUGUGAGCACCAGCCCCUGCGGUACCAGCUAAACGAGCCACCCCUGGGCUGGGCACAUUGGGCUCCCCGUGGAGCAGCCCCUGGAGGGUGCCGGGGUCCCACUCGCUGGCCCAGCUGGGCCGGUCUCUGCCCAGGGCUGUCAGUGGGGAGCGGGGCUGUAGCAGGGCUCAGCAUGGGGAGGGCACCGCCUGCAUCUGCGGGGGGCCCAGAGCACUGGGGGGCCGGGCACUCGAUAACUAACCCCUCCCCGGCUGGAUUCCCAUCUCCACCCACUCUGCCUGCUCCCUUUCCUUAGGGCCGGGCUCCCGGCAUUUCACCGCCACGGUCACCCCACCCGCCUGCCUCUUCGCAGCCAGCUCCUGCCUGGGGGUCCCCAUCGAGUCUAAACCGGCCGCCCCCAGUUACAGCCUCCCCCUCAGACACCCGCAGUCGUCCCCCGUCCAUCCAGGGCCGCACUGGGAGGGUGUGUUUGGCUCUAGCGCUUUCCCUACAGGCAGCUGGGUCGUUAAAUCCCACAGGACUACCAGGGCUCAUCACCCAGCCCCGAGCCAGGCCCCUCCCCCCAUCCCGCAGAGUCCCAGCCCCCCCAGUGCCUGGAGACAGAGCCCCCGGCCCCCUGCGUGUGGGGACGCUGCAUCUGGCCCUGACACUGGAAUAACGGCAUUUACAGCUCCCCAGGUGUCUGUCCCCCUCCUCUCUCUGCAGCGGGGUCCCCCAGCCCCUUUUCUCUCCCCCCUUUCUCCCUGGACCUCCCCGCCCUGUAUUACUAUUGUAUAAACACCCAGAGCUUCCUUCUCCCCGCCCCCCAAAUCUCCCCAGGGGGCGGCUGUGAUACCGGAGCCUCCAAAUGUCCCCUCGUGGUGGGUUCAGCCAAUGAAGGUGAGUGAGAAGUUCAGGCAGCGUCAUGGGAACCUGGACGAAUGAACGUUGAGGGGGAAGUUGGCGAGACAGAAAGACGGGAUUAGUCCAACCCGAGUGGCCACCGGACAGAACCCCCGGGCUCGGCUGGGGCCCGCCUGGGACACGGAAGAUGUGGAGGAGCAGAAAUCCGUGACCCAAAAUUGGGGUGUCAGAAAUUAGGCCGCAUUGGUGGACAAAACAUCAAGCGGAUGGGAUGUCCCUCUUACCACCCCUUUUGGGGUGUGUUUAGGACCCUUCAUUUUUGGUUUUAUUUUAUUUAAUAUUUCCAGGGAAUAUAUUGGUGUUUAUUACUACAAUAACAUAAACAAGUGAACAUCGGUGCAAAAAUUAUUAACUUUUUGGGGUUAAUAUCAGGGUUUAUUGUGGGGGACAGAAGGACAGCGGGAAAGAGUAUUCAGUAAAUUAGUGCUCUGAAUUCUGUUUGCUGCAGAACUAAAUCAGAACUCAAAACACAAGGCCACCUUGGAGUUUAAGAAAACGAUAUAUCUCUCGUCCCCAAAUAAAACUUUUCAUUUGACUAAACAGUUUACUGCUGUAGACUUAGAACUAUUGGCCUACAACUUCGAUGACACCCCAUUUCCAACGCAUGACACACUCCACUUCAUCCUUUUUUCCUGUUUUUGUUUUUUUAAACUUUCAAAUACUUCCUUGUGUUUUGCACCUCUUCUGCUACAGAUUGUCAUUUUCUUCCCAUUUUAGUGUGUCAGAUCUUUAAACCGUUCUCUGCUAGCAGCUUGAAAUGUGUAUGUGGUGGGCGUGAGAUUCGUCGGUACCUUCAGAAGUGCAUGCACUUCAGAGCUUGCUUGCCUGCCAGUUUGGUUAUUGUUGUAUCUUCUAGACUAAUCCAUAGUCUUACUUCAGCUGGCAACUCUGCAUAUCCACACAGACUAAUGAAUUACUGUAACACAGAUCUCUCGUGCAAUGGAUUGUAUUUGCCUAAUAAAACAAGUUACUCUUUAUAUAUUUGAAUGAUACAGAAGUAGGGUGAAAAUUGGAAUAAACCCGAAUUUAUGUAAAACCUGGGAUUUUUUCAGUACAAAUCUGUUUAAACUGAAAACGAAGGGACUUAGGUGUGCUAUACUCACCACCGGGGCGCCUCCUUGCAGCCAGGUCUGGGGAUUAGCUCAUAUCCUGUCUGAUGCCCCCUCUUGCAUUCUCUCGUACUUGCUUUCUGGAGCUUGGCUGCUCCCCCUGCAUUGCUCGGGUCACCGGGGUCCUCUCCUCCCACUGGCCAGAACCGGCUGCGACUCCUGAGCUGGGCCUCUGGGUCAC